AUGAUUCCAGGGGAGGAGAUUUGUCACCUUGGGGCUCUACCCCCAGAACUUUUCGAAAAGAUCCUCAUGGCGGUCGACACCAUCCGCGACCUCGCCAGUUUCGUCGCCACUUCACGCUUUGCCUACUGGCUGUUCCAGACACGAAAGAGGGCGGUACUCUUCAAGGUGCUCCAGAAUGAGUUAGGGCCAGUCUUGACCGACGCAAGGUUCCUGUUCGGCUUCCCGUCUUUGAACCCGGGAGCCCGGCAUUUCUACAUCGACUGGCUCCAUACCAAGGCCGCCACGUACGUGAGCAUGCUCCGGAGUCACGGCGACGCUGAGCAGCUCGCCCGAGGCCAGGGUAUCCCCAGCGUUGGGGAGCUGACGGAGCUCUGCCGCACUCUCCACCAAGUAAACCUACUAGCCGAUUUCUACGCUGCGGCACUCUUGGGCCACGAUUGCCCCUUGGCUUGGGUUCGGGGUUCCGCAGAUCCAGCCUGUCCUGCGCGGCGGCCACUCUCUCGCACCGAGAGACUCCGGCUAGUGCGGGCCCUGUAUCGUCGCCAGAUCAUCAGCAACGCCUGGGCCCCUUCGAAACGCGACGCUACGCGUACUGCCAGGCCCUGGUCCCGCGCCGAGUUGGCUGCCAUUGGCAACACGAGCGAGCACCAGGGGGUACGACUGGGCCUUUUUUCUGCUUUCGAGCCCUGGGAACUGCAACAAGUUGAUCACGUCAACUUGUUCAUCACAUGCCUUUGCCUCGUUCUCGCUCGUCUCGCCGCGACAUGGUCUCAGGCCCAUCCGACGGUUCACACCAUCCUAACCGUGCGGCCCAUCUUGCCCCACAACUACGGCCAGAUGUAUGCCCAUCUGGGCAUUUUGGUGCACUAUCUGCAAGCCAACCCAGCGCUCGCUGACUCGGCCCUCGACAACCUGAGGCGCACACUCGGUAGCCAAUUACUGUGGAACGACAGCGAGUUUCGUCGAUACGAGCUGUCUCCCCUUACCAGCCUCCUUUGGCAGCUCGACCGUGCUCGAGAUUUUCCGGACCCGGGCAGGGAUAAAUGGGUCUCGGGUCCCAACAGUGUGGCUGUCAGGUUCGUCCAAGAUGAACUUGAUCUCGCCCCUUUUGCCUGGGUGGACACGCUGAACGGGCGGUACCUGAACUUAUUUGGCCAAGGGUUAUGCUCCCCAGCCAGCGGGCGGUAUGACCGCGCCCUCAAAGAAAGUAUGCUGGCUACCUGGAGGUGCGCAGGGUUCACACUUUGGGACCGGGACCGGGCAGAGGCCCUAAAGGGGAUGGACAAAACAACCUAUUUGCAGCUGGGGUGGAAAUGGAAUGCGGAAUCUUGUGACUGGGUGUUCAGGGAGAGUUCAUUUACCUGGAAAUUCUGGACUGGCUGGUGGCUUCUUCAAUGGAGGGUCCCAAGAGACGAUGGCUUCGCUGUUAAUGCCGAAACUCCGGGAACCCACUUCAUCCGGGUAAUCACACGUACACUGAGAGUCCAGUCGAGAAUUCGAGUGCAGGACAGCUACCUACCUUAG